AUGGCUGAUAACUUGCUCAUCUUGCCAGGAAACAACGCCCUUUCUGGGUUCCGUGUCAAAGAAUUGAUCUCUGAUAUCAACGAAAAGAUUGGUUCCUCGGCCAUCACCGCUGUUUACUCCACUUUUGUCCAUUAUGUUGGGCUUAAGAAUGGCGGCGAGAAACUUGAUGACUCAAAGCUGGAACGUCUUAGACAAAUGCUCAGUUAUAAUGACGCUCACGAUGAAUCAUCUGCCGUUAUCAAGAACCUCCUCAAAGUGGUUUCAAUUUCCGGUGAUGUUGAAGCUAAGCUUUUGCCAGUCAAUCGUCCAAUUGACUCUUUGAAAGGUGAUGCCGCUUAUGCAUACUUGGUGACUAUUCUUCCUCGUCAAGGUACCAUUUCUCCUUGGUCCUCUAAGGCCACCAACAUUGCCCAUGUUUCAGGUUACGAUGGCUCUAUUGACCGUAUCGAACGUGGUUUAUCCUUGCUCUUGCACUCCAAUGUCUCCCUCGAUGACAAAUUGGUGGCUAGCGACAAUUAUGCCUUGUUGAGCUCUGUGUUUGAUCGUAUGACUGAUUCCCUUUAUUUGAACAGUUUGCCAAAACACAAUGAUAUCUUCCUUGACAACUCUCCAAAACCUUUGACUUCUGUUCAACUUGUUGGUGCCGAGGACCCAGUGGCUACCUUGUCCAAGGCUAACGAAACUUUGGGUCUUGCCUUUGAUACCGAAGAAAUCUCAUACCUUGUCGAUGCCUUCGUUAACAAACUCAAGCGUGACCCAACUGAUGUUGAACUCUUCAUGUUUGCUCAAAUCAAUUCUGAACAUUGUCGUCAUAAGAUUUUCAAUGCUACUUGGAUCAUUGAUAACGACGAAAAGGAUUUGUCACUUUUCAAGAUGAUCAAGAAUACACACCAGUUGAAUGCUAACAACACCAUUUCUGCUUAUUCUGAUAACUCCGCCAUCUUUGAAGGUCAGGAAGGUUAUCAUUAUGCCCCAGAUAUCAAAACCAAGAAUUGGGGCUUGGUCAAAGAAAAAGUCCAUACAUUGAUCAAGGUUGAAACCCACAACCAUCCUACUGCCAUUUCUCCUUUCCCAGGUGCCGCUACCGGUUCCGGUGGUGAAAUUCGUGAUGAAGGUGCUACUGGUAAAGGUUCUAAGCCAAAGGCUGGUCUUUCCGGGUUCACUGUUUCUAACCUUGAAAUCCCAGGCCAUGUUCAACCUUGGGAAGAAAAAUUCACUGAUUUGGGUAAGCCUGGCCAUAUUGCUUCUCCAUUAAGUAUCAUGUUGGAUGCUCCAAUCGGUUCUGCUGCUUUCAACAACGAAUUUGGUCGUCCUUGUAUUACUGGUUAUUUCAGAACUUUGACCACUGAAGUCACCAAUUCUGAAGACAAGCCAGAAAUUAGAGGUUUCCAUAAGCCAAUUAUGCUUGCUGGUGGUCUUGGUUCUAUCCGCCCUUCUUUGUCGCUUAAGGAUAACUCCAUCAAGCCAAACGAUUUGAUUAUUGUCCUUGGUGGUCAGGGUAUGCUUAUUGGUCUCGGUGGUGGUGCUGCGUCUUCCGUCCACUCUUCUGAUAAGAAUGUUGACUUAGAUUUUGCUUCUGUCCAACGUGGUAACCCAGAAAUGGAACGUCGUGCUCAAGAAGUAAUCAAUGCUUGCGUUUCUUUGGACAAGUCUAACCCAAUUUUGUCUAUUCAUGAUGUUGGUGCCGGUGGUUUAUCCAACGCUUUGCCAGAAUUGGUUCAUGAUAAUGAUUUGGGUGCUAUUUUCCAAUUGCGUAAAGUGUUGACCUUGGACCCAGGUAUGAGUCCCCUCGAAAUCUGGUGUAAUGAAUCUCAAGAACGUUAUGUCUUGGCUAUCAACCCAUCAAGUUUGUCUCUUUUUGAGGAAAUUUGUAACCGUGAAAGAUGUCCAUUUGCUGUCAUUGGUCAUGCCACUGCUGAAGAAAAGCUUGUUGUUGAAGAUGACUUGUUUGGUAACAACAUUAUUGAUUUGGAUAUGAGUAUUUUGUUCGGUAAUGCUCCAAAGCUCGUUAAGAACACUACUACCCAACCUUUGAAGUUGUCUGAAGAUGUCUCUGAAUUAUUGAGUCUUAAAUUCUCUGAUGCUUUAGAACGUGUUUUGCGUUUACCAGCCGUCGGUUCCAAGAGUUUCCUUAUCACUAUUGGUGACCGUACUGUUGGUGGUUUGAUUGACCGUGAUCAAUUUGUUGGUCCAUGGCAAGUUCCAGUCGCUGACGUCGGUGUCACCGGUGUUUCUCUUGGUGAUACUUCUAUCGUCGCUGGUGAAGCCAUGGCUAUGGGUGAACGUCCAAGUCUUGGUUUGAUUUCUGCUUCUGCCUCUGCCAAGAUGUGUGUCGCCGAAUCUUUGCUCAACCUUGCUGCUUCCGAUGUUGAAGCCCUUGAAAAAAUCAAGGUUUCUGCUAACUGGAUGUCUGCCGCCAACUACACUGGUGAAGGCUCCAAACUUUACGAGGCUGUCCGUGCCAUUGGUAUCGAAUUAUGUCCUGACUUGGGAAUUAGCAUUCCUGUUGGUAAGGACUCCUUGUCUAUGAAGAUGAAUUGGAAGGAUCAAAAGACUGGUGAAUCUAAGGAAGUGAUUGGUCCAUUAAGUUUGGUCAUCACCUCUUUUGCUCCAGUUGCUGACACUGGUAAGACUUGGACUCCACAAUUACAAAACAAGGAAGGAACCAAGUUGGUCCUUGUUGAUUUAUCUGCCACUCAAGAAAAGAAAUCUUUGGGUGGUUCUGCUUUCUUGCAAGUUUACAACAAGCUCGGCAAUUCUGCUCCAACUGUUUACUCCCAUAGCGUCCUUAAGAGCUUCUUGGAAGCUGUUAUUGCUCUCCAUCAAAAAGACAUUGUCUUGGCUUACCACGACAGAUCUGAUGGUGGUUUGGUGGUCACUUUAUUGGAAAUGGCAUUUGCUGGCCGUGCUGGUUUGGACAUUGAAAUCAAUAGCGGAAAAGAAACUGCUUUUGAAGCUUUGUUGAACGAAGAACUCGGUGCCGUUUUCCAAGUUAAGGAAUCUGAUUAUGAAGAAUUUGUCAAAGUCUUUGAAACCAACGGGGUUAGUAAAGAAUACAUUUCUGUUGUCGGUGCCCCAGUUUUUGCUGAUAAACAACAAAUCAAGAUCUCUUUCAAUGGAUCUUCUGUGGUUGAUGCUCCAAGAAGCCAAUUACAACAAGUGUGGUCUGAAACCUCUUAUCACAUGCAAGCUCUUAGAGACAAUCCAGCUACUUCUAAGGAAGAGUUUGAAACUAUUGCUGAUGAUGCUGAUCCAGGUAUUACUUACGAUUUGACUUACUCUGUCGCUGAAUGUAUUCCAGUGUCUUUGUCAGCCAAACCUAAGGUUGCAAUUCUUAGAGAACAAGGUGUUAACGGUCAAUUUGAAAUGGCUUGGUGUUUCCAAGACUCUGGUUUCACAGCUGUUGAUGUUCAUAUGUCCGAUAUCAUUACUGGUAAGGUCACCCUUGAUGAUUUCGUUGGUAUUGCUGCUUGUGGUGGUUUCUCUUAUGGUGACGUCUUGGGUGCCGCCAACGGUUGGGCAAGAUCUAUCUUGUACCAUGAAGAAAGCAGAAAAGAAUUUGAAAGAUUCUUCCAAGAACGUAACGAUACUUUUGCCUUUGGUGCUUGUAACGGUUGUCAAUUCUUGUCUCGUGUUCAUGAACUUAUUCCAGGUACUGAAAACUGGCCAAGCUUUGAACGUAACUUUUCUGAACAAUAUGAAGCUCGUGUCGCAAUGGUUGAAAUCCAAAAAGACAACAAGUCUAUUUUCUUACAAGAUAUGGAAGGUUCCAGGAUUCCAAUUGCCGUUGCCCAUGGUGAAGGUUAUGCUUCUUUCAGCUCUUCUGAUAAAUUGGAAGCCUUGGAAGCUUCUAACGGUGUUGCUGUGAGAUUUGUCGACAAUUACGGUAAACCAGCGGAAAAGUAUCCUUUCAAUCCAAACGGUUCUCCAAAUGGUGUCACUGGUAUUGCCAAUGACAAUGGUAGAGUUUUGGCUAUGAUGCCUCACCCAGAGAGAGUUUGCAGAUUAGAAGCUAACAGUUGGUACCCAGGUGACAAGCGUGCUGAAUGGCAAAACUAUGGUCCAUGGAUCAAGUUAUUCAGAAACGCUAGAAAAUGGGUUGGUUAG